AUGAAGACAAAUAAAAACAGCAGAUUUUCUGGUUUCACUGACAUACAACACAUGGUUUUCUUUGAAAUCAGCAUUGGGAUCAUAGCCAACAUAAUCCUGCUUCUCUUUCAUGUCCUCAUAUUCCUUCUGGAGUGCAGGCCCAAGCCUGCUGAUCUGACCAUUGGUCACUUGGCCUUUAUUCACAUAAUAAUGCUCCUAAAUAUGGGUUUCAUAGCUGUAGACAUUUUUGGGUAUCAAGAUUUAUGGGAUGACAUUACAUGUAUGUCUGUUAUCUAUUUGAAUAUGUUGAUGAGGGGCCUCUCCAUCUGUACCACCUGCCUGCUGUGUGUCAUCCAGGCCAUCACCCUCAGCCCCAGCAGCUCCUGUUUAGCAAAGUUCAAACAGAAAUCCUUAUAUCAGAACCUGUGUGAUUUUCUCCUUCUUUGGGUUUUCAAUUUGAUCAUCAGUGGUCGUAUGUUAAUCUCCACUGUUGCCACUCCCAAUGUGACUUCAAAUAGUCUUAUGUUAAUUACGACAUCCUGCUCCCUUUUGCCCAUUAGUUCCUUCCUCAAGUACAUUUUUUUCUCACUUAUGACUUUCCAGCACAUGUCCUUUAUAGGACUCAUGGUGCUUUCAAGUGCAUACAUGGUGAUUCUCUUGUGCAAGCAUAAAAGGCAGUCCCAGCAUCUUCACAGCACCAGCCUGUCUCCAAGAGCAUCUGCAGAACAAAGGGCUACCCAGACAAUUUUAUUGCUCAUGAGUUUCUUUAUUGUAAUGUACAGUUUGGACUGUGUUAUUGGGUCCACCUCUUCAAUCUUGUGGAACCAUGACCCAAUUCAACACUGUGUCCUCAUGCUGGUUGGCAAUGGCUAUGCCACGGUCAGUCCUUUGGUGCUCAACAGUAGUGAAAGACAAAUGAUCAGGUGUCUCAUAUUCAUGUGA